AAGAAAUAAAUUGAUGAAAUAUAAAAACCAAAUUACUCCAUAAAGUGCUCACCUUUUCUUUCCCUUCUCUUCUUCCUCCUCUCUCUCUUUCUCUACAACUUGUUAUUAGGAAGCUAGUAAGGUAUAUAAACCAUCCAUUAUACUACAAACAGUGUACCAUCUUUAGUUUCACAAAAAAAAAAAAAAAAAAAAAAAAAAACUCCAUAUAUAAACAAAAGAAAGAGCAGUGUACAUAUAAUAUUCUUCAUAUUUAUAAAAUUUCCAAAAAAAUAAAUAAAUUCAAAACACCCGAAGUGUUGUUUCUUAGAAGAAGUGACAAUGGAGGAGAUCAAGAUUAUGAGAUCAAAGCGUUGAAGAAAAAUUGAAAAGAGAUUGGAAGAAUUUAAGUGAGUUUAUGGUAAUUAAGUGCAAGUAGAGAGUAGAGAAAGUGGAGGUGAUGAGUACUACUUGUAGUGGGAUGGCUUUCUUUCCUACUAAUUUUAUGCUUCAAACUCCUGAUAAUGACAACCAUCCUCCUCCUUCUCUCUCUGGAAUGCUUCCUUCUUGCACUCCUCAAGACUUUCAUGUUGGAGGAGGAGGAAUGGGAGCAAUAUUAGGGAAGAGAUCCAUGUCAUUUUCAGGGAUUGAUAUGUGUGAAGAUACAAAUGGGCAUCAUAACAAUCAUAAUCAUAAUCAUAAUCAUAAUCAUAAUCAUAACGGAGGAGAAGAAGAAUUAUCAGAUGAUGGGUCCCAAUUAGGAGGAGUCGGGGAGAAGAAAAGGAGAUUAAACAUGGAACAAGUUAAAACACUUGAGAAGAAUUUUGAGUUGGGUAAUAAACUUGAACCUGAAAGAAAAAUGCAAUUAGCUAAAGCACUUGGGUUACAACCAAGACAAAUUGCUAUUUGGUUUCAAAAUAGAAGAGCAAGGUGGAAAACUAAGCAAUUAGAGAAGGAUUAUGAUGUUCUUAAGAGACAAUUUGAUGCUCUUAAAGCUGAUAAUGAUGCCCUUCAAGCCCAAAAUCAAAAACUUCAAGCUGAGAUAAUAUCAUUAAAAAAUAGAGAACCAACAGAGUCAAUCAAUUUGAACAAGGAGACUGAAGGUUCAUGCAGCAAUAGAAGUGAGAAUAGCUCUGAAAUCAAGUUGGACUCUUCAAGGACUCCCACAACAACAACUGAAAGCCCAUUGGACCUCUCGGCCCAUCAAACAACCACCGCUGCCACCACCACCGCCAGCGGAAUAACACUCUUUCCACAAUCAUCAAUUAGGCCCAAUGGGCCGGCCCAAGUACUCUUCCAUAGCCCACAACCAUCUUCAUCUGUCAAGGAAGAAACUUUUACUAGCAUGUUUUGUGGAAUUGAUGAUCAAACUGGGUUUUGGCCUUGGCUUGAACAUCAAAAUUUUAAUUAAGUGUUUUUUUUUUCUUUUUUGAAUUUUUUUCCCUUUUGUUUGGGAGCAAAUAUUUUGGGUUAUUAUCUCACAAGAAAUUAAGUUACUAAAUUUGACAUAGUAAUUAUCCCAAUUUUCUUAAUUUAUUUUUCAUUUUUCUUUUUUUAAAUGGCUAUUAUUUUCAUUUUUGGUGUAUAAAGUUCAUAUAUCAAGUUGGCUUAAGAGAUGUUUGCUGCCCA